CCACAUAAGCUCCUUACUGCAAAAGCACACUGCAAACCUCGUCCUGCCGCAGCGAAGCUAUUGCCAGUCGGCAAGGCCAAAAGGACAAUUGCGUAUAAUUGACAUCUGUCAUGACAUGAAAAUAGGUCUUUUCGUAUAAAUAGCACAUAAGGGGUGGCUGUGGUGAAGAUCCCAAGACCCGGAAGCAUGUGCCACGCAUAAACAACUUGAAACCUUGGGCAAAUGACGCAGUUGGAGUCUGAAAGCACCGCCGGCGGCGCCUGCAAGGCGGGUGGGCAGGCGGUGUGCCAGCCAGCGACGCCUGACAGCGCGCCAGCCCGGCCCGGCAAUUGCAGCGCCUCGCCCGCGCCGACCCUGGUCGCUGGCGCCGCGGUCGGCCUGACAAACCUAGGCAACACGUGCUUUUUCAAUUCAGCUCUGCAGCUGCUACUGGCCUGCCCGCAGCUGAACGCGGCGUGUAAGCCCAGGCCCGCCUUUAGCGAGGGGGGCCCGGCGCCCCCCGCUCUGGGCAAGGGGCCCCUAGGCUUCGCGCUGCAGCAGGCGCUGCUGAAUGUCAACGGCCACCACGCCGGCGCGGGCGGCACGGCCGGCGCGGGCGGGCGGGGCCCCUACAACCCGCAGGCGCUGCUGGCGGCCGUGUGCCGUGUGGCGCCGCAGUUCAAGGGCAAGCAGCAGCACGACAGUCAGGAGCUGAUGCGGCUGCUGCUGGACAACCUGCAGGAGGAGGAGAAGCGUGCGGCGGAGAUGCUGCGGCGGCGCCCCAGCAGCAGCAGCGGCGGUGCCGCCGCCGCCGACACUGCGCCCGCUGGCAGCAGCCCACCGCCCGUGUCUCCAGCUGCAGCCUCUCCUGCUGCUACUGCCUCUCCUGCUGCUACUGCCGGAUGCAGUGGCGGCUGUAGCAGUAGCAGUAGCAGUAGCAGCGGUGGGCUUGUGGCGGCGCUGUUUGGCGGCGAGCUGGUGUCCAGCAUCCGCUGCGGCGGCUGCGGCCACACCAGUGCGGCGCCUGAGUCGUUCUUCGACCUGUCGCUGCCCAUACCCGAAGAUGUGCCGGAGCUGGGCAGGGCUGACCUGAGGGGGGCACUCGCCAACGGCGCCGACGGCUCCCACACUGGCAGCGGCAGUGGCGCGGGCGCCGGCAGCUAUCGACCCGACAAGCCCAAGAAGCUGAGCAAGAAGGCGGCGCGGGAGCUGGAGAAGGAGGCCAAGCGGGCAGCCAAGGAGGCCAAGAGGGGCAAGGCGGCGGCGGCGGAGCAGGGGCAGGAGCAGGGGCAGGGGCAGGGCAAUGCCGGCGGCGGCGAAGGGACGGGUGGCAAGGAGGAGAAGAAGAAGAAACACAAGGAGGGCAAGGAGGGCAAGGAAGGGAAGAAGGAGAAGACAGAGAAAGGGAGCAAGAAGGGUGGCAGCAAGGGCGCACCCGAUCUGGACGCGGCUUCGGACGGGGAGGCGGGUUCAGACGCGGAGGGGGGGCAGCAGCAGGCAGCGGGCAAGACCAAGACCAAGGACAAGACCAAGGACAAGGACAAGGAGAAGGAGAAGGAGAAAAAGGCAAAGAGCGGCAAGAGAUCCAGAGGCAGCAAGAAGGCGGGCGGCGGCUCGGACGAUGACGACAGUGGGAGUGAGGGCGAGGGCGGCAGCGGCCCCGGAGUGGUGUCGGCGGCGGCUGGGGAGGGCAAGGGCGGCGGCAAGGCCAAGAAGCUCACACCCAAGCAAAUGCGCAAGCUGGAGAAGGAGCAGCGCAAACAGAGCAUCGCGGCCACACGCCAGGCCAAAAAGAAGAAAGGCACGCGCGACAGCGACAGCGGCAGUGACAGUGACGGCGGCAGCAGCAGCGAUAGCGAUGUGGGUGUGGGCAGCAGCGGCGGUGGCGCCAGCAAAGCCAUGGGGGCGGCGAGCAAGGCGGCAGCCGAGGCCGCGGUGGCGGUGGCAGCAGGCAAGGCGGGCCCGUCACAGGCGCCCGCCGCGACGGCGGCUGCGCAUCAGGGGGCGGAGCCAGCGAGGAGCUUGGCACAGCGGCAAGGGAGGGGCGCGGCGGCGGCGCCGGUGGCGCGCGGGGAGGCGGCGGCGGAGGAGGCGUCUGGUGGCGAGGGCUCUUCCUCGGCGUCUGAUGGCGAGGCUGCAAAGGGUCUGCACGAGGACGCCCCGGCGGCAGCGGACACUGCUAACGGCACGGCGAACACCACUACCACCACCCCUACCAGCAACACCGCCCUCCGCCCCAUCGCCGCCGCCACCACAAGCACGAGCGCCAGCGGCGCCGCCCCGGACAGCAGCAGCAACGGCGCCCACGCUGCGUCGCCGGCCCCUCACCCCUCAACCAACACGGCCACGGACAUGGGCGCCAACAGCUCCACACUCGCCUCCGCGCAGCCCCUCACACCCGCCGCCGCCGUGCCUGCAGCGACCGCCGCCGCCUCGCCAUUCUUGCGCUCCCCCACGGCCACACCCUCCCCCGCUCUCCCAUCACGCGCGCCCGCGCCCGCCCCACCGGCGCCGCGGCCGCGUGUGUUGGACGUGGGCGCCUGCCUCGCCGCCUUCUUUGCGGCCGAGUCGGUGCAGUGGGAGUGCCCCCGAGAGCGGGCGGCGGCAGGCGGCGGCGGCGGCGGCGGCAGCUGUGCGUCGGCCUCGGGCUGUGUGUCGGCCGGCGGCAGCACGCAGCAGCAGCUGCAGCUGCUACUGCCGCCGCACCAGGCGUCCUUCACCUCGCCGCUGUACAAGUCGGUGUCGCUGUCGGCCGCGCCACUACGGAAGCAGGUGUCUUGGAGCCCGGGUGCGCCCGAGGUGUUCCUGGUGCCGGGCAGUCGGGAGCAGCGCGGCACCGACCUGGAGGAGGCGCUGCGGGGGGCGGCGCCCUUCUUCAGGCCCGCCAAGGCCCACGGCGCGUCCUUCAUCAUCCAGGCCCAGCUGGACCCGUGGGACACCGACUCCAUGUACGUGCAGCUACAGCCCCUGGCCGGAACCACACGGGCAGCGGCACUCAUGGCGGCAGCAGCCUCACAGGCGGCGGCGGCGGCAGCGGCAGCCGCCGGCGCCGACGCGGCCGCCGCAGCCGCCGCAGCCGCCGCGGCGGCCGCCGGCACCUCGCCGCUUCCCUCCUCCUCCCCAAUGAGUCCCGUGCUGUCCACUAUCCUCAGCAGUAGCCCGAGAAGCGCGGCGCGGCAGCAGCAGCAGGCGGCGGCGCGCAGCAGCGGCAGUAGCAGGUCGGCGGCGGCGGCGGCGCCAGCCGGCGCCGUCGGCCCGGGGCCGUUCUCCGAGCGCGGAUUGUCGCUGGCGAAAGUGAAUGUGGGCGUGGCGUGGCGCGGCAGUAGCGGCAGUAGCAGAGGCGGCGGCAGUAGCAGAGGCGGCGGCGGCGGCAGCGGCGAGGGCUCGGACGAUGGGGCUCUGUCUCCGACGUCUUCGAGUGUGCCUGCUCGGGACCAGGGGCGGCGCGUGCAGGCGGCGGCGCAGCUGGUGAUGGACUGCGUGGCGGACCUCAUGGCGGGACCCGCGGGCCUGCACCACCUGCUGUCCAUGCUGGCGGGCGGCCUGACACUGCUGGAGGCGCCGCCGCCCGCAGCCGCCGCAACCAGCAGCAGCGCCCGCUCGCCGUCAGGCCGCGGCGGUGGCGGCGGCGGCGGCGGCGCCACCUCGCCCAGCAGCACCAGUAGCGCCGGCGGCGGCAGGACCAAACUGCUGCUGCGGGGAAGGUACCCGCCCAACACCUCGGCCGCGGGCAUGGGUGCCAAGCAGCGCUCGGCGGCAGCAGCGGCGGUGGCGGCGACGGCAGACCCGGCCGGGGCUGCCGCCGCCGCCGCGGCAGGGGCGCAAAACGGCGGCGGCAGCGGAUCCUCAGACGAGGCGGGCAAGGCUGGAGACAGCGACGACGGCGCCGCUGGCCGCGGCGGCAUGCCCAUCGCCGGCGCGGCAGUAGGCGCCGGCGCCGCGGCCGCUGCGGCGGCCGCUGCCCGGCGCCGCGCAGCGGCCGCGGAUGCCGCCGCCUCCUCCGCAGCGGCGGCGGCGGCGGCGGCAAGCUGGGAGUACCCGACGGCGCUCCGGCGGCCGCUGCAGCACCCGGCGUUCGUACACAUGGCGCUGCCGCCUGGAUCCGAUCUGUACGACAGCGAAGGCAGCGCCAGCUCCGGAUCUGGAUCCGGGUCCGGAUCUGGAUCCUCAUCGCCUGGCGGCGCGUCGUCGCGCGAGGGCAGCGAUGCGGAGGAUGCGGCCGCGGCCGGCGGCGGCGGCGCUGGCGGCGGCGCCGGCGGCAGGGCGCCUGGCGGCGGCCUGACGGUGCGGGUGGCGGCGGCGGCGGCGGGGCGCACUGGCAGCCCUUGCUCCGUCAGCAGUGGCGUGCCGGACUCCUCCACACCCACCACCUCCGCCGCCGCCGAGUCCGCGUCCACACAGACCCUGGACGGCUCCAGCGCCGCCACGCCGCAGGCGGCGGCAGCGGCGGCGGGGGCGGCGGCGGCGGCGGCGGCGGCCGCGGCGGCCGGGCCGCAGUCGGGGGUGGCAGGUGAGGCCGAGGCGGAGCCGGGCAGUGCGGGCAGCGUGGCGGAGCGCGUGGCGGGCUCACAUGCAGAGCUGGGGCAGGGGCAGGGGCAGGGGCAGCAGCUGCUGGGAGACGAGCUGGAGGCGCGGGCGGCCGGCGGCAGCGGCGGCAGCAGCAGCAGCUCCAGUGGCGGCAGUAGCUUGAGCUACAGCCGCGCGGACAGCAGCGGCUGCGAUGUCGCGGCGGCGGCGGCGGCGGCGGCGGGUGAGGAGGAGGUUGCGGCGGCGGGCUCCCUAGCUGAGGCGGCGGCUGUAGCAGCGGCGGAGCAGCAGCAGCACGGAGUAAAUCUAGACCCUGCCCUGCACCCGCACCACCACCACCACCACCAUCAUCACCAUCGCCACCAUCAUCAUCACCACAACUCCCACUCCCAUGGCUCCGGGCAUCACGGCAACGGUAAGGAGAGCGGCUCCACAUGCCCCCCGCCGCCGGCCGCUGAGCCUGCCGCCACCGCCGCCGCCGCCGCUGCUACAGCCCCCACAGGCCCCGGCACGGGCAGUAGCAAUAGCAGCGGCAGCGCUCCGCCCAUGCUGGUGCGGAGUGUUGCGGCGCCGGCCCCGGCCGCGGCUUCGGCGGCUGCAGCUGCAGCUGCUGCGGCUGCUACAGCCAACGGUGUAUCGCCGCUGACGCCGACAGAGAGCGAGGGUGUGUUUGACAUGGAUGACAUGGUGUCGCCCUCGGCCCCGGCAGUAGCAGCAGCAGGGACGGCAGUAGCAGCAGCAGGGACGGCAGUAGCAGCAGCAGCAGCAGGAGCAAAGACGGAGGGGAUAGCGGUAGCGGCGGCGCAGCAGCCAGCGCCCGCCGGCAGUAGCAGUGACAGCAGCAGUAGCAGCCUUGCCAACUCGGCUGCUACUGCCGCCCGGGCUGUGGGCGGUAUCCUGGGGUUGCUGAGCCCCGUGGGCACCCUGGACGAGCACGGGCAGGAGCUGCCGCCCAAGGCGCUGCUGCUGGAGGCGCCGGUGGCAGUAGCAGCGGCAGUAGCACCAGCCGCCGCCACACAGCCGCUUCACCACCGCCAGGGGAACGGCUCCAUCGCCUCCGCCUUCGCCGCAGCCGCAGCUACAGCCGCAGCUACAGCCGCAGCCGCAGCUACAGCCGCGAACGCGAACGCGACCCCAGCCGCUGCAGCGCCGGCCGGCAGCGCCAUCGCCGAUGCCGCAGCUGCUGACACCGCAGCCACCACCCCCACCAGUGCCAUCAGUACCAACGCUGACGCCGACGCCACCACCACCACCACCACCUCACCCACGCCGCCAGUCCCGCCUGCCUCCCCCGCCACCGCCGCCGUCACGCCGCCGCCGCCCAGCCGUGUCGCCGCCGCCACUGGCACCAGCAGUAGCAGCCCUGGUGGCGGCGGCGGCGGCCUGCGGUCUGCCGGCUCGGGCCGCGCCUUCCUGCGCGCCGCCGCCAAGCAGUACCACCUGCGGCGGGCGCCCGAGCUGCUGGUGCUGCACCUGAAGCGGUUCGGCAUGGACGCACGUGGGCGGCUGAACAAGAUCGACAAGCACGUGGCAUUCGACUUCACACUGGACCUGGAGCCCUUCCUCGCCCAGGCCCGGGCGGCGGAGGCACAGGCGGCAGCGGCAGCGGCGGAGGCACAGGCAGCGGCGGCGGCUGCGGCGGCGGCUGAGGCUGGGCCGGGGGUGGUGGGCGCGCGCACAGAGCCGGGCAGUCAGGCGGAGGAAGCGGGCGCGGCAGCGGCAGCCGUGCAGCGGGUGCAGCAGCCGCCACAGGAGCCGCAGCAGACAGACAGCAGUCCCUUCACAAGCAGCCUGGUGGCGCCCAACGGCACCGCCGCCGCCGCCGCCGCCGCCGCCAUCAGCAACGGCCACGGCUCGGCGCCACCGCACCCCAAUAUUGGCGAUGGCGGCGGCGGCGGCGGCAGCGGUGAUACGAACGGCAACUCUGGCGGUGCUGCUGCCGCUGCUGCCGCUGCUGCUGCUGGCGGCGCUGGCGGCUGUGUGUACGACCUUCUGGGGGUGGUGGAGCACUCGGGGCAGCUGCGGUACGGGCACUACGUGGCGUACGUGAAGCGGUGUGUUGGUCGUGCCGGCGGCGGCAGUGCGCCGCAGUGGUACCACGUCAGUGACACCACGGUGCGGCCGGUGGCUGAGCCGCAGGUGCUGCGGGCCCAGGCCUACCUGCUGCUCUACACACGCCGCCAGCCGCCCCCCGGCGGACCCGCAGCCGCCCAGCACACCACAACAGCAGCAGCAGCAGCAGCCGCAGCAGCAGCCGGCCAGCGCCCACCAAUCACUGGGUCAGCCGGAGGCGGAGUUCAAGGAGGUGGAGGAGGUGGAGGAGGUGGAGGAGAAGCAUUAACAGCUGACACCGCAGCAGCCGACGCAACCGUCACCACUGAUAUCACCGAUAUCGCCAUUUCCCUUCCGAACUAGCGUUUAGGAGUCUUGUGUCAGAGCGGGUGGGGACCCGUGUAAGAUACGGUACGGUGGUGGAAUGAGCUAAACAUGGGCGCCGGCGUGGGAGCUGGUGAGCGACUGCAAAGUGUGUGUGCGCGUGUGAGGAGGGGGCGCAAGCCGUAAGGUAGCAGUGAGGGAAGCAAACCGCGCGCAUGUGCGCACAUGUCUUCACCGCAUCGUGGGAGCCAAGGUUCAUUGACGCGCCUAGCUGCAUAUUACUUAGGGGGGCACUGCCUGCUACUUCUACUUCAUUCAUUGUGUGUGAUGAGAUGUGUUGGGGGCGGCUGCGGCGCACGCACGGCGGGAGGGCUGCAUGUGAGCACACAGCGGGCAGCGGAGCAGGAAUGGACAGCGGCAGCUUUUGGGCGCCCUGGGCGGAGAUUGCGGCGGCCGCUCUUGUAGAGGCUGCCGCCCUUUGGCGUGUACGUUGCUGAGGCGCCUAGCGGGUAGUGCCAUGCUCGUCGUAACGUAGAUCGAGGCCUAGGCGUGGACGUGUGGAAGAGCGCGACGCCGAAUUACAAGGUGGUGUGUCAGCUCGCGCGACAUUGGAAUGCGAGAAGGUGCAAGUUGCUCAGGAGGCCGUGUUCGAGUGUGUGGCGUUCCUGUCAACGCCGCUGUGUUGUUGUGCGCUCGCGGCAGCGCCAGCCAAAGGCCCUGACCUCCGCCACACAGCACCAGGCAGACGUAUUCAUCGACGAUAUGCUCAACAAUGCGAAACCGAGAA